GGCAGGCAGCGACCGAGCGUAAGAGAGAGAAAGAGAAAUAUUCUGUCGUAGUGAAGUGAAAUGAAAAUUGCGGCAACCGCAGUCUCAGUACACACAUCAUUCGAACGAGAUACGAAUCGCCAUCCAUAUACACGAGAUAUACUCGAUUGCUCUCUCUCUCCUUCUCUCGACCAUAAUAUGCUGAACACAGUAUAUGAAUUUCGAUGACGCACAUGGCAUCAAGCAAGCAGCAAUCAGUUUCUCGGUCAUUCCAAAUCGCAACAGCGAACAUUUGACACCACCUAAAAUCAGCUGUUUCGUCUUGGUUGUUUCGCGUUUCGCAAACUGUGUGUGUCAGUGCGUGUGUGUGUGUCCGAAAGGUUGGUGCAAAACGAACGUCUAUCCUACUGUCAAAUCGAAACGAAUUUCUCACACUCUCUCACACAUUCUCUCCUCUCGAUGUGUGAUUUCGCAUUCAAUCGCGAAGCGUCAAUGAAACGCAGUACAUCACCAACAAGUACCUCGGCGUAAAAAAAGGAUGUGAAUUUUUCGCCCAUCGAAUCACAAAAAAGAUACACAACAAAUACGCAGUGAAUCGGUUUUUAACUACAUUCUUUUUCUAUUUAUUUAGUGAAACAGAUUUAUUAAAUAAGGAAAAAAAACAAAACUAAAGCAAUCCCGUAAUUAAGGUAUACGUAACAAACGAAAUACAACAAGAGAUUAAACUAAGAACAAGAAAAUUAUUUAAGAUUUAACGAUAAACGUAGUGUGUGUGUGAUAGGUAACAGUUGUGCCAGAUAGAGAUAUAGAGAAAAAUAAAAGGGAAAGAAAAAUGCCACAAAAUCGAAGAAAAGUGCCGUUCAGCGGAAAACAAAAGAAAUUACUGCUGCUGUCCAAGCGACAAAGCAAAAAUAGCCUCUUGUCAAAUGAAGCAAACGACAGCACAACAGACGAGUCAGAUCAGGCGGGUGAAUCAUCUGGUGUACAGAAAAUCAAUUUUCAACCAUCGGUUAGUCGUCGCAACGCAAAUCGAUAUGCGUUAUCCUUUCAUCGUGAGACGGUCAAAGAGAUGAAAGCACAAAAGGAUGCGGCUCGAAAGCCCAUCCAAUUCAUAUUGCGCAGCGAUCUCGAAACCGGCGAUGAAUACUUUCACGGAUACGAUUUUCCCAUUCGGCCCAAAUGGUCUUAUGAUAUGUCAAAGGAGGCGGUAGAUAGAAACGAAAAUCGAUAUUUUACAGAAUAUGUUAUGAAACUAGAGAAAAGUCAUGCCGAACAAGGAAAAUCGUUGAGCUACUGUGAACUAAACCUGGAAACAUGGCGACAACUGUGGCGAGUGCUCGAAAUAUCCGAUAUUAUACUUGUGAUUGUCGACGCACGAUAUCCCAGUUUGCUUUUUCCGCCUUCGCUGUUCGAGUACGUCACGCAAACGUUGAACAAGCACAUGAUUUUGGUGUUGAAUAAAAUCGAUUUGGUGCCAUCACACAUUGCGCUCGCCUGGAAACACUAUUUCGAAGAGACGUACAAGGAUAUUCGAGUCAUUCUGUUCACAUCGUUUCCAUCGUAUAAUUUACGAUCGGUACCGGAACGCGAUGGAGCAGCCGGUGGUUUGAAGAUUCUUCGUCGCCGCGGUAAAAUGCGUAUGGCCAAAGAGGGUGCAUACCAAAUUCAACAGGCUUGCAAAGCGAUUGUCAAAGGUGAAAUUGAUAUCACAAGUUGGGAGAAUAAAAUUAUCGACGAAAUAAAGGGUAUGCAAAUAAAUGAAGGGUUGCCAUCAACGAGUUUCGACCAACAGCAGGCUCGUCAAGUUGACGACACCGACUUUGAUAUGAAAGAUCGUGUUCGCUUUCAAAAUGGUAUAUUGACAGUUGGCUGUGUGGGUUUUCCAAAUGUUGGCAAAUCAUCUCUUAUGAAUGCUCUUAUGGGCAAAAAGGUUGUGAGCGUUAGCAAAACACCAGGCCAUACAAAACAUUUCCAAACCAUAUUUUUAACAAAUAAUGUACGAUUGUGUGACUGUCCCGGAUUAGUGUUUCCAUCGUCUGUGCCACGUAAAUUGCAAGUGUUGAUCGGUAGCUAUCCUAUUGCACAGCUACGCGAACCAUUCGCAUCUGUUCAAUAUUUGGCCGAACGCAUCGAUUUGAUAAAAACGCUGAACAUCAAAGUCGAAGGAUUGUGGUCGGCUAUGGAAAUUUGCGAUGCAUGGGCGUUGACACGUGGAUUUCUCACAGCCAAAGCAGCUCGACCAGACACCAACCGAGCGGCCAAUCACAUUUUACGAAUGACACUCAGUGGCCAAAUCGUGAUGACGCUUCUUCCACCCGGAUUCGUUGCAAAAGAGGAUGCAUGGCAAACGCAUGAAGGUAUUAGUGAUGUGGAGGCUAUCAAAGCGCUUGGAAUAUCCGAAGAUCUGGUUGAAGUCGACGAAAAUUUUGACUCAGACUCGGAAAAUGAAGAUGACACCAAAGAUGAGGAGUCAGACAAUGAAGAGAACUCGCAAGACGAUGACGACGAUGCCAUAAUCAAGCCGAAGCGCAACGCAUUCGCGUUGCUGGACGACGAUGAUGAAGAUUAAAAUGCAAUGAUACGCUCAAAUUCUCAGUCACAUAUAUGUUUACUUUAAUAGAUUUAAAUGAUGAAUAACUUUUAUCAAAGCUAGUGAUUUUUUUAGGCAACAGCAGCAAAUGCAAAAUCAACUCGUUAGUCGAAUACGAAACUAUUCACAUUUGAAAAAAAAGAAGAAGAAGAAGAAAAUAAAAACAUGCAUACAAACAUUUAUAAUCUUCUCAUGUAGGGGAUUUUUAACGAAUCAUUUUGAAGCAAUUAUUACGUAUUAAUUUUAAAAGAAAAAUUGUUAAUUUUGAAAUUAAUCGAGGCACCGGCACAAUGAUCAAUCACUUAAAUUAUAGUAGAGAAAAAAGAAAAACCUAUUUUUAAAUUCAAUGUUAGAGAAGUGGAAAUGACCUGCGCCAACCUGACUUAGUCAGUACAGAAGUUUAGAGAAACAAUAGAAUAUUAAACGAUUACAUGACAUGCAAUUGUGAGAACAUGAAACAACAUCAAAAGCCCCAAAUAAAGAUGAAAGCAACAACA